AUGACUGGGCUCCUAAUCAACCAAAUCGAGGAAGUGGAGGAAGAAAUCGAGACUGUGUUUGUAUCUGGUCGUUUCUAUCAUCUACCUCUACACAUGGUUUUGGGGAUGAUUAUAAUUGUUCAGUUUGGCAUCCCUCCAUUUGCCAGAGAGGACUUUUCUGUGACCCCCAAGAAAGCCCUUGUCUUAAUGGAGGAACAUGUAUGCCCGAAGAUCCUGAUUUUUGUUCAUGCACUGAUGAUUUCGAAGGACCCUUAUGUGGUUCAGUUAAAUGUGAUCCCAACCCCUGUGCCAACGGAGGGACCUGUGAGGACGGUGCUUGUUCAUGUGAACCUGGGUUUUCAGGAAUUCUCUGUCAAGAUGAGCGACAGAAACUCUACAGUGGUUUUCUCCAAUGAAAUCACCUAUGAAAAACCUGAAGCUGAAGGAGAUACAGAAAUCACUCGUGAAUAUCAAAUGCAACUUCAUGUGGAAUGUUCUUUGGACAAAUCAGAAACAGUUGAUGGGUCCUUCAAACCACACCUUGGAAAGGUUGCCUUCAGCGACAAGAGCACUGGUAACUUCGAUCUAAAAAUGAAAAGAUUCAAGACAGCGAGUUUUGCGGAUGAGGACUACAGCUCCGUCUGGCUGGGUUAUAAGCUAUUCUUUGGGGUGAAUCUUAAUUCGGUGCAAAGCGUUGGUAUGUUCAUUGAUGAAGCCUGGGCUACAGCUAACCCCGAAGCGAAUAGUGAACCACGACACGAUCUGAUAAUGGACGGAUGCCCGGUUGACGAAACAGCUUUAGUUUAUUUUCUUGAACCGCAUCGAGAAGGCUUUAGCGUGGACUCUUUUCGUUUCGUCGGAGACCAUAAAGAGGUGUACAUUCACUCUGUGGUGAAGGUAUGUGGUACCGAAAAGAGCGAUGAGAUGCGGUCGAAUCUCCAAGGUAACUGCGAAUAUAUUGGGUCUAACCCGUCUGCCGGUGCACCUCCUCCUUUUCCUCCAGCUCGCAAACGACGAUCUUCAGACUUCCUUUCCACUCAGACGAUCAGCAGUGGUCCUUUCCGUGUCCGUAAUCCAACCAGUGAUAUGGCCACUGAUGAUGUGUCUUCCUCCAAUCCGUUUGCGAUGCUCACCCUUGGUAUGAUCGCUGCAGUGGUUGCCAUGGUUAUUCUGAUGGGCGUGGUCAAACUGGUUGGUAGAUCAACCAACUACAACUAUCAGCGUGUUUCGACCGAAACCAAUGAAGGGAUUUAGAGAGGUGAGAGUAACCAUUGCUCAUACAAAGAGGCCCUAAAAUGGGUAGAAUCUUCCACUGUAGAAUUUGAAUAUCUGUUUGCGCCUCCUCAGUCUACUUUUAGUUCUAAAAUCUAAAGUAUGUAGGUGAGCAAUGGAAACGAAUACGGAUGAAAUUAUUACUUCUGAUACUGCUAAGAGCGAUUAGUAACGAUUAUUUUUGUAAUGUAUCCCCUUCUUCAAAAUCAAUUGCAAUGAUGUUGGUUUUGAUAAUUACAGUUAUGAUUAUGAUAAGGUGUCGGGCAUCAUGCUGGUUAUUGCAAUAAUAUCAGUGAUCACGUUGAUAUUAAUGAUGAAUGUAGUGAAAAACAAACAAACCACAAUUCUAAUCAAUUGAUAUAUAAUUAUAUAUGACAUAUAUGAUUGUGGUGAUGGUUAUGAAAAUAAUGAAUAAGUUUAAGUAUAAGCAUUAAGUAUUAAGACUGAGUGUGAAGUACGAGCAUAAGCAUUAAGCACUAAGUAUGAUAUAGUAUGAGUAAGAAGUAGGAGAAUAAACAUUAAAGGGGAAGUUCACCCUGUCAAAAAGUUGAUUUUAAGAAUAGCAAAAAUAUAAACAAAUAUUGCCGAAGGUUUGAAAAAGUCCAUGAAAGAAUGAAAACGUAAUUGGAAUUCUAAUUAUUUGAUUUGCGACGUCAUUAUGUGAGCAGUAAAAAAUCAAUAAACUGUCAUUUUCUCAGAAAAUUUAUAAUAGUUAAUACUGUACCUUCAGUAUAUCAGUGGACUAAUAAUUUCCCACUCGUUCCUUAAAAAACAACAAAAAUUAUUUAUAACGAACCAUUAAAAAAUUUAAUUUAUGCAUUUCAUAUUACCAUGAUAUCAUAGCGUAUGGGGCAGCUGCUAGUUUAUAACGUCACAAAUCCAAAACUUUAAAUUUUAAUAACUUUCUUAGUCUUUAAUGGAUUUUCCUCAGACCCUCACUGAUAUAUUUUAUAAUAUUUCCUGCUUUUUGUUUACAAACAAUUUUUCAGGUAAAAUUCUCCUUUGAGUGUGGAUUAUGAAGUAUGGUUUUAAGCAAUCGGUAUUAUGCCUAUAUUAUCCUUAUUUCAAGGAAAUAAAUUUCCACUGGUUACAUUCAAAUAUACGAGCAUAUUCAUAACAUGCAAAUCAAAGAGUGAAACAAUAUAAAGAUAAUACAUGCAUGUUAUCUAAAUUACGGUACAAUAUGAUCACAUUGAUAUAACAAUAUUAAUGAGUUGAAGAUUUUAGUUUAAUAGUAUUUUUUUUGUAUUGGUAACUUUAUUUUUAUUGGCACAUAUAAUAAUGACGGUGAUGGUUAUUUUACUAAUGAAUAAGGUUAUAUUAGUGAUCACAUUGAUAUAUUCAAUAAUUAACGUAGUGAAAAUCACAGUUUCAAUCAUUUCGUUUAUAUGAUAAUAAUGGUGAUGGGAUAAUAAAAACAAAAAAAGUAAUAAUAGUAAUCAUCACUGCUGAAGAAAGAGGUGGUCUGCCGCUAUGUUGAUAAUACAACCAUAUUUGUUCUCAUAUAGAUAUAUAGGAUAGAGAAAUAAAUUGCCAUUGGGGUAAAUAAAUACAUUACACGAUAAUACGAUUAAUGAUUAAUGUUUAAGAUUUCAUCCAGAUUUUGUUAAAAUCUAACUAAUCUCACUAAGUGGUAAAGACUAUUUUGUCUUAAGUGAUAUCCAAUUUAUUUGCAAGAAAUUUUGAUUUCUUUCAUUUCAGAGAAAUGGUAAUCACACUAUUAUUCAUAAUUAUGUGUUUAAAGAUUGUUGGAGCUUUAAAGUUAAGAGGUCCUGUGUUAUGGUUCUAACUGAUAUCAUUUUAUUCAGUUUGUAAGGAAAUAUUUAAGAUUCAUUAUCGACGAUUUCAUCUUUUUGAGAAUGAUAGUUGAACUAAAGUGAAACAAACUUUUUAAAGGAAAAAGCACAGAGUAACUUCUUGACAAUACCUAACUUUGAAGAUACAUGAAUAACGAAAAUGCAGGAAAAACAUGAUAACUUACUUAGGAGAAACCAUAUUUGAGUUCUCUCCUCGUUUGAUGUAACUCUUCACAGUAUACAGGCCUCUAUUGACCUUUACUUCUUAUACAGUGCGUUUUUAAUAAGUUGACAUUAAAAAAGUCUUUUAAACUGAACAAAAAUCAACAUGGUGAUAUUUUUUUAUACAAUGAUAGCAGAAAUUGGUUAGCACAAACAUUUGUAUUUUCCUUUUUUGACGACUUUGCUACCCAAAAUAAACAUUUAAACUCAGGUACACAUGACUUUGGUCGUUUGUGCCAGCUCGACAGAGGAAAUAACAUGAAACAAAUCAUUGUAAACAAAAGUUUAUUUCAUACCUUUUUCUUUCAAAUCUUUCCCCGGGCAUAACAAGGAACAUGCAAAGUUACAUGUAAAGCGCACCAUCGUAUACAGUUUUAAGGGAUUAUUUCACAGUUUAAACCUGUUUUUAAACACACUGUAUGCUGAAGAAAUGAUUAUGUAACUGAUCGUUUAGCGGCAGAUCUCCUCUGGAUGAUGUGAUUAAAUAAAUGAGGGUUAUAGCGGGA